AUGGGUCGUGGAGUUAGCUACGGUGGGGGCCAGAGUUCCUUGGGGUACCUUUUCGGAAGUGGAGAAGGUCCGGCUCCGAAACCUGCCACAAAUAGUGCAGAGCCUCCUCCCAUACAGAAGACUUCCCCGGCUGCAGGUCGCGUGACUCCAGACAACCCACCAGCUGUUGCGCUACCUGCUGAAGCUACUAAGCAGAUUCCGGCCGGCAUCCAGGGAAACCACAAUAACAACUACUUCAGAGCCGAUGGCCAGAACACUGGAAACUUCCUCACUGAUCGACCUUCUACCAAAGUCCAUGCGGCCCCAGGUGGGGGAUCUUCCUUGGGAUAUCUUUUUGGAGGCGAGCUCGUUGUCGCUGAACCACCCCACGACCAGACAAGUGGGGAGAAGAAGAGAAGGCCGCCCAUCACCUGCCCAACCAAUAGUCGGAGAAGCAAAGCGAGCCACCGGGGACUCGAUAGGGCGCAACUCAUCCGGGAUGGUGCUAUUGAGACAAUUGAGGGCGGCCGUGAAGACAACGAUGCUGGAGCCGCCAACGAGCACCCGAGGAUGGGGCCCACUAGCAUGUUCUCCUGCAGGCCCAAACCCUGGUGGCGGGUGAGCCUCCUCAGCUCCGGGGUUAUGGGCCCGGUGAGGCUGCACGAGGCCAGGCCCAGAGUCUCUAGGUUACGGAGAUCGCCCAAGGAAGCUGGGAUGGGUUCGAUGAGGUCGUUGCCGCCUAUACAGAGGAGGCAAAGGUUGGGUCCGUGGCGGUUCGGGCCUGUGAGGUGGUUCGAGAUGGAGCAUAGAUUCAAAAGAGGAGAGGCUGCAGAAGAGAGCAGCUGGGAUGGGGCCCCUUUAGCGUUAUCGGGCCAGAAAGCGAGCAGUUUUAGAGGGGUGACGACCGAGUCGAAAUCUGGGAACUUGACGUCAUUAUAUGCCAAGCUUUGGAAUGGGAUUUUUGCUAUGUUGGGUUUGGUGGCACUUGCAUUCACAGAGUUUGUGAAAGGCGGUGCUCUUGUGUGA